UUAUUUUAGAGUUUAUCAAGUCGAAUAGUUUUUUGAUAGAAAAUUCCUUUUGAAUUUAAUGAAACUAUAUGGCAUCUGGCAUUCAUUGGGAGCACUCAGCUGUGGCUCCCUCGCAACCUAUGUCAGCUUAAAGCUGCUUGAUCGACGACAGGCGCACACGGAGCACCAGCACGUGGAGGAUUCCUUGGGCAAGGGACAUUGGUGUCAUAACUGGGACCGGCGUGAGUAUCAGACGUCCAAUGUGGACAGUGGUCAGUUAGCGGCAGGAGCCGAGGAACCAGUUGCCCUGCGUCACAUUGUCCUGGUGCGGCAUGGGGAAUAUAAAUCAACGCCAGAUGGCAAUCGUCUGACGGAUCUGGGGCGACUUCAGGCACAUCGCACCGGGCAGCGACUGCUUGAAAUGGGCAUUGCCUGGGAUCAUGUGGUGGCCUCGACAAUGACGCGGGCACAGGAGACGGCUAUGAUUAUACUGAAGCAAAUCAACUUUGAUCCCCUCAAGAUGAAGCGCUGCGAACUCUUGCCGGAGGGCACACCAUGUCCAGCGGAUCCGCCACAGAACCGCAGCGCCUGCCACGUGGAGCAGGCUUAUCGUAGGGACGGACCACGUAUUGAGGCCGCCUUUCGACGUUACUUCUUUCGCGCCUCCCCAGAGCAGAAGGAUGACUCCUACUUGCUGAUCAUUGGACACGCCAAUGUCAUACGCUAUUUAGUUUGCCGCGCCCUGCAAUUCCCACCAGAUGCCUGGACUCGAUUUAGCCUCAACCAUGGCUCCAUCACCUGGCUGACUAUCUGGCCCACUGGCUAUGUGACGAUCCGUUGCCUGGGCGAUACAGGUUAUAUGCCUGUGACUGAACUAACCCAUCGACGACCGACAAUUUCAGUGGAGGAAUCCUAAUCGCUAAUUCUCAACUCAUCUGUUGUAGUCGAUGUAUUUAAAUAUUGCAUUGUAGUUUCUAAUGAGUCGCAGAGUAUCAGAUAUUUUGGUGUAAGGCUCACAGACAUAAUUCAAAAGGCCUAUAAAUCGUGUACACGUUCUUAAAUUAUGUUUAAUAAUAAAAAUUAAUAAUGUUUUAA